UUCUCCCCUUUUAUGCUGCCAAUUUGUUUGUGUGAAGCUUGGUUUCUAAUUUCCUGAAUUUCAAAAUUUCUAGCUCUUGGAAAUGAUUCCAUGGGGGGAAUUGAGCUGUUGUCUGGGCGCAGCUGCUCUCUAUAUUUUGGGGAGGAGCAGUGGAAGGGAUGCGGAAGCUCUCAAAUCAGUUACUAGAGUUAACCAAUUGAAGGACUUGGCUCUUCUCUUGGAUUCUGCACGCAAAGUGCCACCUUUGGUUGUAACUAUUUCUGGACGAGUUGGUUCAGAGACACCAAUCAAUUGUGAACAAAGUGGUUUGAGAGGUGUAAUAGUGGAGGAAACGGCUGAACAACACUUUCUGAAGCAUAACGAUGCUGGAUCUUGGAUACAAGACUCUGCUUUGAUGCUUUCUAUGAGUAAAGAAGUUCCUUGGUAUCUGGACGAUGGGACUGGCCGUGUAUUUGUUGUGGGAGCACGCGGUGCUAGAGGCUUGGUGUUAACUGUUGCAAGUGAAGUCUUUGAGGAGUCAGGACGGUCUCUUGUGCGUGGGACUUUGGAUUAUCUGCAAGGUCUCAAGAUGCUUGGAGUCAAGCGAAUUGAAAGGGUCCUUCCUACUGGUACUGCCCUGACUGUUGUUGGCGAGGCUAGUAAGCACGACAUUGGAACUAUCCGGAUUCAGAAACCCCAUGAAGGUCCAUUUUACGUGUCCCCCAGAAAUAUCGAUCAGCUCAUUGCAUAUCUUGGAAAAUGGGCGAGGUUGUGUCAAUAUGCAUCUGUGGGGUUCUCGGUUUUUGGUGUUUAUUUGCUUGCUAAGCAUGCCGUCAGUUUCAUCCUUAAAAGAAGACGACGAAAGGAUCUGCAGAGAAGGUAAAGUUUCAUUGGCGUUUCAUCAUUA